AUGCUAAUACAGACCAAACAUAUGCUACUCUUGGUGUUCACGACGCUGUUCUACACUACGGUGUUUGCCAUGACAUUAAAGCAUAUAAUCGACCAACCAACCACCCUUAGACCACGGUUCCUAUUUGCAAAUGAAGCCAUGGCAAACCAACAACAACAGCAGCAACAGCAGCAGCAACAGCAACAGCAACAAAAACAAGCCGCAGCGACGUCGACCUCGGACUCAAUCAAUGAAAAUUUAAAAAACAGUGGGAUCAUCCUUGGUUUCAUCACCAUUGGGCAAACAGCCAUGGGGUAUUUGGCAAACUUCAUGCCUCUGAUUGUCAAACACCACAAAAUUACCAAAGAGUCCUCGACAACUGUGGUGACCACCGUGACUCCUAGCACCAUGAGUGUCAUCAGAACCUCGGACAUUGUGGUGUAUCAAACAGCUGCCCCGACAGUCACUCAGUUUGUGAUUUCUAGUGCUUCUUCUCAUUCUUCUUCUUCUAUUUUGUAA